AGCAAAAGCGGCUGUGGCUCAAAUUCUUACACGAGGAACAAUGAACACGCAUCGUUUUGAUAAUCCCACAAAAUUCCCACAAAAUUCUAAGUAUAACGAACCCAAAAAAUAAAAUAAAACAUAUAAAGUUUCAAGCUUUUUUCGCUGUUGAAGGUUCAUCAAUGGAGGUUUUUAGAGCCACUAAUCCUUUGUCUUGGACUACUUCCAUCUCUAAACCCCCUUCCUUUCAAUUCUCCCCCAAUUCCCAGGGUUUUGAGGCCAGAAAAUUUAGUCUAGUAUGUCUCAGCAAAGAAAAUGGGUCUGACCCUUCUUCUAAGGACAAUCAGAUGGUUGUAUCAAUAACGGGGGCUACUGGGUUUAUUGGUAGGCGUUUGGUUCAAAGAUUACACGCAGAUAAACAUCAAAUUCGUGUCUUGACGCGAUCCAGAUCUCAAGCUCAGCUUAUAUUUCCCGUCAACAAGUUCCCAGGCAUUGUGGUUGCAGAGGAAUCAGAGUGGAAAGACAACAUUCGAGGUUCAAAUGCUGUCGUAAACUUGGCUGGAACGCCUAUCAGUACAAGGUGGUCAUCAGAGAUUAAAAAAGAUAUCAAGGAAAGCAGAAUCAAGGUCACUUCUAAGGUUGUUGAGCUAAUAAAUGACUUGCAAGCUGACACUCGGCCUUCUGUUCUGAUCAGUGCAACAGCAGUUGGUUAUUAUGGUACAAGUGAGACGCGAGUGUUUGAUGAGAAAAGUCCGUCAGGAAAUGAUUACUUGGCUGAGGUUUGUCGAGAAUGGGAAGCCUCAGCAGUGAAAGUCAGCAAAGAUGUAAGACUAUUACGUAUUCGCAUUGGCGUGGUUCUUGGGAAAGAUGGAGGUGCUCUAGCCAAGAUGAUCCCCCUAUUUAUGAUGUUUGCUGGUGGACCUAUAGGGACUGGAAAACAAUGGUUUUCCUGGAUACACUUAGAUGACAUUGUAAAUCUGAUAUACGAAGCUCUCCUAAAUCCGGCUUAUGAAGGCGUUAUCAAUGGAACUGCUCCGAACCCUGUUAGACUGGGAGAAAUGUGUGAAAAUCUGGGAAAUGCCAUGGGCCGACCCUCAUGGCUGCCAGUGCCAGACUUCGCACUCAAGGCAGUUCUUGGAGAAGGAGCUAUCGUGGUUUUGGAAGGGCAGAAGGUGCUUCCAACUAGAGCCAAGGAGUUAGGCUUCCGAUUCAAGUAUCCAUACAUAAAGGAUGCUCUAAAAACUAUUUUAUCAUCAUAGAAUACAGGCAGAGAAUUGGGUGUCUAUGAUGUAGUUCGCCUCGUCGUUGAUUGAUGAACACUUGAUAUGGGGGCCAAGUGCUGUGUCAAGCAGAAAACUUUUUGCCAGUAAUUGAAGGAGGAAGUGUGAAUUGAUUUUUGCUCCUUCCUUUUGAGCA